GUGUGCUAAGGACAAAGUGUGUGGAUCUUCAGGCACUACAAUACUAUCUCAAAUUCUCUUUGAGGUUGUAAUUUGGUGUAUAAUAUAGCCCUAAUGCAGCAGGGGCGACGGAGUGCCUUCGGUUCCCUGCAAGAAUCUUUAGGUUUCAAUCAUGGUUCUACGUCUAGUGAUGGUGGUGCAGAUCAGCAGAUAUGCUGGAAUAAUGAUCCUGCACAAAAUCACCUGACAGAUUAUAUGGUAUCUUCGAAUGAGACCAAUUUUCCAUUUAUCGACCCUGUGAACCAAGAGAGACAGAAUGUAACCGGGUGGAGUUUAGGAGAAUCCAGCUCCUCUAUUACACCGAAUUGUGCAAGUCGGAGUGAACAGAAAACAGAUCAUGGAUGGUCAUCCACGAUGACCACUUAUCCUGGACCUUCACAUUUCUGUAACGAACAGCAAUAUGGGUCUUCUGACAUUCUGUCAUUGAGUAAUACUGAAGAAAAUUUAAGCAGCCAUCGAAUAGAUAACAGCACUUUAUUUUCUCAAGGUUAUAGUUCUAGCACCAUUCCUCAUGAUAUCAACAGAAAUCCAGUAUUUGAGGGGCACAGCGACGAUAAUGAUGAUGACAAUGACUGUCAAGUGAUGGAGUGUACUCCAUACAACUCUGAUAGACCAGGAAAAGAGCAAAAAUCAUCUGCUAGUACUUCUGGAACUAAUGGAUAUUUGAUGGACGAUAGUGAUGACAGGCCAGACAGUUCACUGGAUGGUCGGCGCUUUUGUAAGAGAAAAGCUCUUGAAGGAUAUCUAGCGCAAUCUUCAGGGAGUGGUAGUUCUAGUUAUAUUCCUCUUGCUGAUAAUGGCUUAUGGAAUUCUGUACCUGCUCCUCCACAUAGUAUGAGUACAGGUGCAAAUAUCUCUGCUCCAACAGAAAGUAACAGAAGCAUCAAUAUGUCAGAGCAGGUGAUCCCAAGACUUGGGCUUACCAUGGGAGGAGCCGUUACGGAAACUCCUCUUGAUACACCGGCUUCAAGAUCUCAGAGAAAUUUCAGGGUGAGGAUUAAUGGCUCACUUCAGCAAGAUUAUCUUCCUAGUAAUCCCUUUCCUGCUGUGGAUGAUGUUGGAAAUGUUAAUCUGUCAUCUGAACAGCAAUUACCGGAGCUCCUUCCUAAUUUCUCUUUGGAUUUGAGGUCUGUGUCUGCUGCAGAUAGUGGAAAUACUCAAAGGCAGCCUGUUUUAAUGCAUGUUCCUUCUCUACAUCGACGUGCACAGGCUAGGUGGAAUUCAGCAUCAAGUUCAAGAACUGGAAGUUCAUCUAGUUUUUCUGGUGAGAGAAAUUCAGCAACAUUUGAAGAGCCUAACUCAAGAAGUGUGUCAAGAAACAUCUCACAACAUCCUAUAUUCAUACCUUCAACUGAUGGGAGAAACUUGAACCAAAAUCCUGCCAACUGCAGUGUAGCUGGAAGAAAUGUUUCUGUUGCUGGAAAUGUGGCAUCCACAUCUCGCAACAGCUCCAGUUCAGGGGUCCACACAUCCUCUCCUAGGGUUCCCCACAGAUCUCCUCAAUAUCAUCGGAGACUGCAAGAAUUAGUCCGUAGAUCUUUGUUGUCUUCAGAUGGCGCUGAAUCUGGAGGUCAUAGUGGUAAUAAUCCACUACGUUUGAGUUCUGCUGUCUCACUGGAGACGGCACUAUCUGGAAACCAUGAGCAUCGUACAUCGAGUUCAAGGUCAGCAAUGAUGUCGGAGCGACAUCUUGAUGGUGCUACCGGAGUCCCCUAUUCCUGGAGGAAUUUGGCUGCUGCACGUGAACGAAGAAGCAGGGUAGUCACUGAGAUUCGCAAUGUGUUAGAUCUUAUGCGCAGGGGAGAGGGCCUAAGAUUUGAGGAUGUUAUGAUGCUUGAUCAGUCAGUGUUCUUUGGGAUGCCGGAUAUUCAUGAUCACCAUAGGGAUAUGCGGCUUGAUGUUGAUAAUAUGACAUAUGAGGAGUUACUGGCACUUGGGGAGCGCAUUGGGGAUGUUUGCACUGGGCUAACUGAAGAUACUAUUUUGAGUCGUCUGAAGCAGCGAAAUUAUAAUUGCAUAAAAACAGAAGAACCUGAGGAUACAGAACCAUGCUGCAUAUGCCGGGAAGAAUAUAACGAUGGAGAUGAUCUUGGAACACUGAAUUGCGGCCACGACUUUCACGCUGGCUGCAUUAAGCAAUGGCUCAUGCAGAAGAAUUUAUGCCCGAUUUGCAAAACAACAGGGCUGACUACGUGAGGAACCAUAUUCUCAUGUCUAAAGAAAAUGAACCGCGCUACUGAAGGUUGGCGCCACUAAGUGUGCCCUCUUCUCUUCCAUGGCUUAAUUUGUGUAAGAUCCUGUAUUUUUUUCUCGUUAAUUUUAUUACGUCUCCAUUGGGGAGUUUAUUCAACAAGUCAAUUUAGCGCUAGCAGGAUUAGACAUUCAUUUAGGGAAGAAUUAUUUGGAAAUUUACAUUUCCUUUUCCAAUUAAUUGAAACCCUUGAACAUCA